UAGUUGUAUUACAGCUUCUUAGUACAAGUUAUUACUGAAAACAUGGACCUUAACAUCAUGGAUAAAUUACGAAUACUAGGAAUAGAUGUAGAAUUGCGGCCACAAAUAAAGAUGAAGCCGAUGUGUAGAUACUAUUUUGUAACAUCGACCAACCCCGGUGAACAAUUCUUUGUUUUCGCCUCAAUAGCUGCAUGGCUUAUUAGAAAAACUGGCAAAAAUUUUGAUCAGCCAAACGAAGAGGAUGAUCCAAACACAAUUAUUGCAAUGAUUGUGGAUAUAUUGAGGGAAAAAGAUAUUGCAGUAGACUUUUCUUCACAUAAGUUAAAACAAGGCUAUGGAGACGAAGUCUGUUAUAUUUUAAAUGUUUUAGCGGACGAAGCAUUGAAAUUUGAUAAUUUUGAAUGGCAGAAACCAAUUGUAGACAUACGUGAUACGGAAGAAUCUGUAGAAGACACCGACCAGAUAAUAGAUGAAACUGAAAUAACACUGGAUAAAGUUGAAGACGAAAUGGCUAUUUAUUCCGAAGAAUCGGAAGGAGAGCAAUACAAUGAGAAUGAUGAAAAGGAUUCUAGUCUAGUAAAUAAGAUUCAUGAUUGGGAGGCGUGGAAAUUGGAACUAGAGAGGGUUGCUCCAGCAUUAAGAUUAAAAAUAAGUGCAGAUGGCCGUGAUUGGCGUGCUAGACAUAGCCAAAUGAAGUCUUACAGAGACGAACUACUUGAAAGAUUUAAAACAACUGGAUCGCAAUUGAAUAAAGUCCACAGUAAUAUCAGUUCUACAAUGGAUAAGAUUAACGCUAGAGAGAAUAUACUGAAUGAACAGUUUCAGUCAAAAGUACGAGAAUAUGGAACUUUACUAGACGAAUUAAAUAAAGUCACAAAUGAGUAUAAAGAGGUGAGUGUUGGUGUUACCGAGAGACAGGAAAUGUUAAAUGAACUCACUUUGAAAGUUGAGAAUAUAAAACAACGAACUGAAUCGAAAGGAUCUUCGAUGAACGAUAAUGCCCCAUUAAUAACAGCUAAGAAAGCAGUGGAAACGUUGAAGAAGGAUAUUCAAGAGCUUGAUUUUCAAAUUGUCAUACUUCUAUGGAUGUUAAUAUCACGAGAGAAUCCGAAAAGUAACAGCUUUUACACGAAUGCAGAGUCUAAAAUGAUAACUAACGAACUUUACUAAGAUUUUACUUUUUGAAACUUCCAUGAGAUACUGCGAAUUACUUUCGUAGUGUCAAAUGCUAUGUUGUAUGCUAUGUUAUGAUAGAUAGGCCUUUGUCCAGCAGUGGACGUCUUCCGGCUGAAAUGCUGAUGUAUGUAGAUCUUGUAGAAGGUACUAUACAAUGGAUGAUACUGAUCGCGGUUUGUUGCAUUUUUUUGUCCAUUUCUCAAUAUAAUAAUGAAGAAUUACUUCAUAAAAUAAAUAUGGCGGGUAUUUUAUGAUCCAUUAUAAAUAAAAGGAAGACAUAAAAUGCAAAUAUUUUAUUUA